CUCUUCCCCAACCCCUGGCCCAGUCCUGUCCCACAACCCGUUGUCCCGGCUCUGACCCCACCCCGCGUCCCUGCCUUGUCCUCACCCCCUAUCCAAGACCUGACCCCACCCCCUGUCCCAGCCUUGUCCCUACUCCCUGCCCCAGCCCUGACCCUCACCCCAUGUCCCAGCCCUGUCCCCGACUCCGCUGGCAUGCAGCCCCUGGAGCACCCGGGUAACACGGCACGUUGCAGACCCCGUAACUCUCCCCAGCUUACCGAGUCACGGGGUGAUGCCGGCAGCGACAGCCCUCCAGGGCCGGGGAGUUAUACGGCAUCCCCGGGCACUCAGUGCACCGGGCUCCCAUGGCUCAUAAAACGCGUGCCUGGUGCUCCCAGGCACUGGAUGCUGUUUUUCACAGCUGCCUGCCUGCUCUCGGUGUCCCCUCCAUCCUUCAUGCUGCCUGUGGGGCUCUGUGAGCUGCCCACUGUGGGGCUGUUGCAGACCUGGGCUGGCCCAUGGGCACGGUGCUGGUGACCGGCUUCUGCCCCUCGCACAUUUAGAGGUGGUCAGCCCGGUCACCUGCUUUCUGGUCUGAGCACACUUCGGGGCUCUGGGCCUUGCUUUCCAGGCUGCUCCUGCCCACCAAGUAGCUGCUUCAGGUUAUUUUACCUUCGUUUUCCCAGACUGGGCUGCACUUUGUUUCUUGCCUACAUUUCCUGGAUCCUUUGAAUGAUUGCUUUGGCCAGUGUUUGCAACACCUCUCUGCUCAGUAUCAUCUGCAAAUUUAAUUACAAUUCACUAUUAAAGUGAAAGUUUUGGAGAUGGUGUAAAACAAUACCCUGAAGUUCAGCUAAAUUGUGUCUUGCUUGCCUUACCCAAAAGAUUUGCCCGGCAAUUCUUCUGAAAUAACUCCUGCCAGGCAAGCCAACGUCCUUCAUCCAGGAGCCCAUUGCAGCAGCAGUGGCACCAUGCAGCAGGAGGUGGAGGGCAGCCGGCCACGCCGCAGGAAGCCUGACUUGCCCCUCUACGUGCCCAAAGCGCGGCGGGAGAGAGCAGCGCAAGUGGCGGGUGACAUGCUGGCUGGGCACUGUCAGGAUCCCAAGAACCACCGCCUGGUGCAGGACACUUACCAGGACAGCGGCAAAGGGCAGCGGCGAAGCCCCUGUGCCAGGACACAGGCGGGCAGAGCGUCAGAGAGGGAGAACAAGGUGGAUGCUGGCCUGAAGGAGCCACGGGCAGCCUCUGCUGAGCACUGCCGGAGACUGGGAAGCAGCUGCCCCACUGCACUGGAGGGCCUGGAGGCAUCGCCCAGCAUGCGGGAUCUGUGCCCGGAUCUGGCUCUUGCCCAGUCCUGGGACGGACAGGACAAAGCAUCCCAUGAUGAAAGACUUGGGGAGCUUGGUCACAGCCACCACAUGAUGAGGACUGAGCCUGACCGUCCAUCCCCACCGAGUGCCCAGUCUGGGGCCACGGUAGCAACCCCUGAGCCUGGGGGCAACCCUACGAGCCCAGCACCCCCUGCUAGCCCAGUGCUGGCAUGUCGGACAGGGCCAAGUGGCAUGUCAGAGCAUUUGGGGGACAGCACCCCAGAUCCAGCCAGGGACCUCUCCCAGCACCCAGGAGAGGGUGUUCUGCAGCUGGCAGUGCUGGAAAACCAGGACAGUGUUCCUGGGCUGGCAUGGGAGCUUGCAGGUCCAAAAACCCAGGAAGAGGAGAGGGAGUGUGGGGGGUCUCUUCUGGCACGGCAGAGCAAGAUCUGUGCCAUUGGGGUGCUAGAGGAGGAAAAGGAGAGGUGGGGAGGCACGACUGAGCUUGCUGAGGAGAGGGCCUUGGAUGCACCAGGAGGAGCCAGCUGCAAACCUGGGUGCUCGAGUGGUGGCAUGGGUGAUGCACCAGUGCUCCCAGUGGAGAGCACCUCAGGGAAGGGCACUGUCAGCCUGUCCCAGCUCCCAUCUGGCAAGGAGGAGAGCACUGCCAGUCCUGGGCAUCCUGAUGGGGAUGGUGACCUGGUGCCUGCUGCGGAGGGAGCAGGCAGCACCUCUGCCUGCACAGACGGUAGUGCUGGGGCUGAGAGCAGCCCACUGAGUGCUGAUGAGGAGCCAGUGAGCGGUGUGUGGGAGGGGGCACCCACGGAGAGCCACAAGCUCCUGCCACCCAUGGAGCUGCUGUGCCAUGGUGUAGAGGAGCUCUUGCCCACAUCCUGGGCUGAGGAUCUGACGGGGGCAAAUAAGGAUGUGGAAUUACCACAGCAGCACCAGUGUGACCAGGAUGCUGAGGAGGAAGAGGGAGGUUUCCACAGCGAUUCCCCAAAGGCAGAGCAGACCAGUUCUGGGACCCCAAGCCAGGCCAGCCCAGGCGCCGAGGAGAGCUGGGACGCUCUGUUCAAUGAUGACGGGGACUGCCUGGACCCACGCCUGCUGGAGGAGCUCUCGGGAGGUGAGAAGCACCGGGAGAGCCAGCAGUCACCCCGCUUUGACUACUAUGGGGCUGAGCCCACCGCACUGGACCUUAGCGAUGCCGAGCUGCCCCACGUCAUUGAGAUCUAUGAUUUCCCCUCGGAUUUCCGCACUGAGGACCUGCUGCGUGUCUUCUGCAGCUAUCAGAAAAAAGGCUUUGAUAUUAAGUGGGUGGAUGAUACACACGCCCUGGGCAUCUUCUCCAGCCCCAUAACAGCACGCGAUGCCCUCAGCUCCAAGCACCUGAUGGUGAAGACGCGCCCGCUCUCCCAGGGUACCCGUGCCUCUAAAGCCAAAGCCAGGGCAUACGCCGACUACCUGCAGCCAGCCAAGGAGCGCCCUGAAACAUCGGCUGCCCUGGCCAGGCGGCUGGUGAUUGGUGCCCUGGGGGUACGCAGCAACCAGACACCAGCCCAGCGAGAUGCUGAGCGGAGGAAGCUGCAAGAAGCCCGGGAGAGAAAGCGCUUGGAGAACAAGCAGCGGGAGGAUGCCUGGGAGGGUCGGGACUGAGCUGGGAAGCUGCACCUUCAUCCCUACUGGGAACCUCCCUGGGGCACCUUGCAUCUUAGAGCUCAGAUGGAUGCUGCACCGCAUCCAGAAGCACUGGACUGCUCCCCCAAAAGGGCUGAGCAGGACGUGCGCAGGCUAGUUGGUGCCAUGCAGAUGUUGUCGCCAUCAGGCAGCGCUGCCCAUCCUGCCCAGGGCAGGAUCCCUGGUGCUGCCUGCUGCAGUGAGAGCAGCUGGUGGAACACAGGGAGCUCAGCAGUGAGCAUGCGGGGCCGUGCGGGGUGGCCCUGGCCACCUGGCAGGGCUUUGCGCGUGAGAGUUUCUGUCCUUUAUUUUGCUAAUAAAUACCAUU